AAAAAUAAUAGAAGGGAAUAAAGGGUGGUAGUAUUUAUUGAAGUCUCCGGUGGCCCUGAAGGGUUAUGGCACAAUAUCACAAAUCUAUAACUCCUCAACUAAACAAGAGUGAUUGUAAUAAGCUAGUAUAAAAUAAUGAUUUUUAAUUUAGAACACCUUCACUAGAAUCUUCUAGAAUCUUCGUUGGUGAUUUUAUAAUACAAAAUUCAAUUUAUGUUGUAUUGUGCUAGCGCAGAUACUGGCCCUGUUUUACGAUCUCAACGUAAUUAUUGAAAUUUCACGCUAUCUGCAUUGUAUCCACAUAGAAACUGUCAUUUUGCUGUCAAUAUCGUUAGCAUAAAUAUGUUUUUGUGUAUGCGUUUGGUUUUCAUUUAUUUCAUUCUCGCUACUUUAUGGGACAACGUUUUACCUGAUGAGAAAAGGGCAAAAAAAGGCACUCUAUUUCGGCUCGGGUGGCCAGUGCUCUGCAAAUUUCAACCGCAGAGUUACGACUGUUCCUUUAACGAUACCUCCGAGGCAAGGUUCUACUUCGACACUGACAUGAGGGAUUGCAUGACUUUUGAAUACAGUGAUUGUGUACCGAGUUAUAAUAAAUUUAUGACUUUGACAGAGUGUAACACUAAUUGCCGGCUUUCUGGCCCUCAACAUGUGAGUGAAAACUACACAGCAAAUAUAUACUGUCGUUAUCAGCCUGAGUUUGGAGAUUGUCAGAAUUAUCAUCCAAUGUAUUACUUCGACAUGUCUGAGCGCAGGUGCAAAGGAUUCUCGUACAGCGGCUGUGGAGGGAAUAGGAACAAGUUCCAGAGUCCAAUUGUGUGCAAAGCAGUUUGUACCGCCGCUGUUCCAUACCCCAAGCAUUAUCUUUUCAUGUCAGAUUUUUAACGUUAUUAUUUAAAACGAAA